ACACUGGCCUCGACCUCUCCUGCUCGACCUCGUCCUCUCGCCGCCAUGAAGCUCUCGCUCGUCGCUGCUGUCGCCGCGCUCUCGUCGCUCGCCUCGGCCGUCCCCAUGUACGCCACGAGCGUCGUCGUGGACGACGCAUCCCCCCAAGUCGUCUUCUCGGGCCAGUGGACCCACCUCAAGAACCAGGGCAGCGGCGUCAACGCGGGCACCCUCAGCUACAGCAACGACCCCAACGCCCGCCUGACGAUCCCGUACGGCGCGAAAGGCUACUACGGCUUCAAGUUUGCGACUGGCGCCAAGGUCGACCGCAGCACCUUUGGCAUCUCAGUCGGCCCGACGUUCACGAUCCACGGCAACGCCAAGGGCACGUGCAAGACGAAUUGCGCCGAGAACAACGUCGUCCUCGACGUGCCUCGCCUGACGGUCGACGACGGCAGCUCGCUCGAGUUCUUCAACGCCGACCCGAGCGGGGCCUCCUUCAUCGCGUUCGACGCAAUCACGCUCUACACCUCGCCCUAGAUCUGCGGCGCGCCGCCCAUGAUCUCUUCCCCAACAGACACUCCCCAGUGCAACAAAGAGUCAGUUCGUGCCCGCAGG